AUCACUUCACCCGAAAAACUCCCUUUCUAUCAUUUCACUACUUUCAAAAAAGAGUCCCAUCACAGAAAACUGUGGUCUGUGACUCUGUGGUCGUCCGUGUUGCGGUGGCUUGACGGCGCUUGCAUCGCCGUUAAAGAUCGCGUUUGGACUCAGAUCCGAACCGCAUUGUACUCGUUGUAUAGUAAGUUGCCAAGAUGGUCGCCAAUGAAUUCACAGUCGAUUUAAACAAAGCUCUUGUCUUCCAGGUUGGUCAUCUUGGAGAAGCAUAUGAGGAAUGGGUUCACCAGCCAAUUCCAACCAGGGAAGGCCCUCGAUUUUUUGAAAGUGACUUUUGGGAGUUCUUGACUCGCACUGUCUGGUGGGCAGUUCCAGUCAUUUGGCUGCCAGUUGUUUUCUACUGUAUCUCCAUGUCUGUAAGAAUGGGCCAUACAUGUCUAGAGAUAGUAGAAAUGGUGGCUUUUGGCAUUUUUAUUUGGACAUUGAUGGAAUACAGUUUGCACCGUUUCCUUUUCCAUAUCAAAACAAAGAGCUAUUGGGGUAAUACUUUUCAUUAUCUUAUUCAUGGUUGCCACCAUAAGCAUCCUAUGGAUGGCCUACGGCUUGUUUUUCCUCCUGCGGCGACAGCUGUUCUAUGUAUACCAUUAUGGAAUUUGGUAAAACUUCUAGCAACUCCAUCGAUAGCUCCAGCUUUGUUUGGAGGUGGUUUACUUGGGUAUGUGAUGUAUGAUUGCACCCAUUACUACCUGCACCAUGGUCAGCCCUCAAGUGGAGUACCUAAACACCUCAAGAAAUAUCACUUAAAUCAUCACUUCAGAAUCCAAGAUAAGGGGUUCGGAAUCACAUCAUCCCUUUGGGAUCGAGUGUUUGGAACACUUCCUCUGGGGAAAUCAGCUGAAACGAAGAAAUGAAUUAAAGGAGAUGGUAAAAACUGUUCAUUAUUACUAUUGGCUCAUAACAUUUUUCCAAACAUUCUUUCUUUCUUUCUUCUGCUGUUAAUUUAUUCUAGACUGAGUAGUAGUCUAAUCGAUUGCUUCCAGGUCAUGGGUGGUGUCAAUUUUGUGGUGUAGUUUUGUAUAAAUGAAAUUGCUAUUUUCCUGUUAUAUUCUAUUUGUGAAAGAAAAUUCCUUAAUUCUGUCAA